CUCUCCCAAUGACCUGAAAUAUUCCUCUGUGGUAAGGGAGGCAAAUAGGGAAAGCCUUCCCAUUGUCUUUUCGCUUACAAAUCCUGUCAUUAAUGCCACGUGGGAGGUAUAGUUGCGUAUUCUAAACAGUGCUGGAUCUCUGCCCAUGGCACCCUGUUUCAUUGUCACAGGGAGCACUCUGGGUUCUGCAGGGCUAGACAGGACACUCAUUACAGUAGGGAAGCUAUUACAGUAGUUACAAAGCAACCAGUGAUUGUGCAUUUGUUGUGGCAAUGGAUUUGAGAGGGAAACAAUAAAGUCGUAUUCGCAACAGGAAGUUGAAAGGUCUUGUAACUUUGGACAGAUUGCAAUUUCCUCCUUAGGUGGCGAAACUCCACAUUAAGCAAAUUGUCUUCUCUUUUUUUGUUCUUUCACAUCUUGCAAGGAAUUUGCAAUGAACAGUUGGCUUUUUCCAUCUCUGUUUACAAAAGAUACAAAAUGCUCCACAAAACCAUGGAUCUGAAAAUUCUCUUUCUUCUGCUAGCUGGCUCUUCGGUGGCUUCCAGCCUUCUUCCCUCUCCACUUAUUUUUCUGGAUGUGCUUUCCGACACACUCAACGAAGGAGACUCCAUUAAGAUUGCAUGUUUGGCACCCAGGCAGUACAAGGAUGCCUUGUUUUAUUUGUUCAAGGUGAGCCAUGGGGAGCCGCUGCAGGUUGUGCAUGCCGCAGAAGCACAGCACCAAGUUAUUUUCCUUCUGGAGAACAUCACUCGCAGUGAUGGAGGGGAGUACAAGUGCCAGUUUGGCGUCUACAAUGGAAGUGCGUUGAAACCGUCUGAGUUUAGCAACCUCCUUGAGAUUACAGUGGAAGCAUCCAGCUUGACCACUUUCCCUCCAACAGCUCAGCCGAGAUCUGAUUCAAAAGGUCCAUUCUGGGUUCUCCCCGUUGUCCUGAGUGUGGUUGGAGUACUGCUCCUGGCGGUGAUCCUGCUGGUGGCUGCAGUUGCAUUGAGACGCUUUAAAGAGAGAAGAAAGAAGCAAAGGGUACUGGACUCCUGCUGGACAGAAACAAGCUACCCCGCCACAGAGACAUCCUUUGAUAACUCCAUGUACACUAUUACAAUGAAAACGGACCAGGAAGCUAUAGAGAACAACGGUGCUUGGAUCUCGUCAGCUACAAGUACAAGACUUUCAUCCCGCUGCUCUGUGGAAAAGCCAGAUUUUUGUACUUUUAGAGGAUCAGAAUGACCUUUCACUUGAUCACACGGCUCAGGAUCUCUCUGAUAAUCUUCAUCCCUGACAUCAAUACCCUGCAAGUUGUUCCUCUCAGAUCAUCAACAGAAACAUCGACCGUUUUUGGCCAGAGUCUCCUGGUCCCUGCCAUCACAAAGUUCCAUCUUCACCUUUCUAAGUUCUCUUCCACUGCCAAUCACACAUUCGGAACUUGGCUCAUGUGGAGGUGGGGAAGAUGUUGCUGAUUCCAUCCAUUUCUGGAAUUCCUGAUUUGGGAAAAGUAGGAACAAUGAGGAUGAACUUUGAGAGUUCUUCAGCUCUGGGACUGUGGCAAGACUGGAAGGAGAUGAAUAAAAACUGGGUGAUUUAACCAUCAAAAAGAAUGCCAUUCCCUGCACAUUUGCAUGUUUGAGACAAAAAGAACAGUUUUUGUUUUUAUUCUGCUGAAAACAGCAGCAUUUGUAUCGCAUAUCCUCAGACUUUCUUUAAGUGCCUGCAACCAAGUGUUUUGCUCUACCUUCCAAAAACACUGGGAAAUUCAGAAUAACUUUCCUGGAUCAAAAGCAAUAGUGAAUUCUGGGGCACCUUAAAGACUAAUGAACAUAUCUGUUGUGGCAUAAGCUCUUACUGAAAAGAAACUGAUACCUGCAGUGGCUCGCAUAAUAUUUUCCAACUGUUCCUCUGCCAGGCAAACUGGUCCAUCAGGCAGGCUGCUCUUUUGGUCCGGCUAAGAUGGUUACUACUGAUCCUUCACUUGCAUACAUGUAAAUUAGUCAGUUGCCUUCCCUCAACAGGCAACAACAUGAACAACGCUGUGGGGUGGGGUGACUGCAGCGGGUGGGGUGACGGCAGGGCGGGGUAUGCUCUGGAUUUGGGUGAGAAAACGUUGGAGAGUAUGCUUCCCCCUACUGCCAAUCUGCUGCAAUACCCUGUUGCAGCCUUUCUCAACCUUGGGUCCCCAGACGUUGUUGGACUACAACUCCCAUCAUCCCUAGUCCUGGUAGCUAGGGAUGAUGGGAGUUGUAGUCCAGCAGUGCACAGGAAAUGCCAGCAGUGGCUAAGGAAUUCUGGGGACAAAUUUGUGGAAGGUGUGGCUAUCAAUUGCUCCUGCCAGCCUAGCAGCUCGAAAGCACGCCAGUGCAAGUAGAUAAAUAGGUACUGCUGUGGUGGGAAGGGAAAUGGUGUUUCCAUG